AUGCUCUCUUGGAAUGGGAAACCUGGGCUGGUGGCGGAAAUUUCGGGCAUUUACGGAAGCGGAUUGCCUGUGACCCCCGGCACAGAGAAAUAUCAAGGUUCAACACGAGUAAAGCGUGUACACUUGCAAGCUUUUCGGAAGGAGUUUGAAAUUCUCCACAUGAAGGCAGGAGAAUCUGUGAAUGAGUAUUUUGCUCAGACCCUUACCAUAGCCAACAAGAUGAAAGCAAAUGGUGAGGACAAGGGAGAAGUUGCUGUAGUUGAAAAGAUUUUUAGAUCCAUGACUCCCAAGUUUGAUUAUGUUGUGUGCUCCAUUGAGGAGUCUAAUGAUACCGACACCUUAACCAUUGAUGAGUUGCAAAGAAGCCUGCUUGUGCAUGAACAACAUAUGAGUUCUCAUGUUGAAGAAGAACACGCUUUGAAGAUUACUCAUGAAGUUCAAUAUGGAGGAAGGGUUUGA